AUGCGGGGACCCCCGGGACAGGACGGACCUCCCGGCCUGAAGGGGGACACUGGCUUGCCAGGCCCACCGGGACCCCCAGGCUUGGCAGGUGUUGCCGGGACCCCAGGUCAGCCUGGCCUGAGGGGAGACAACGGGCAGCCGGGCCCACCGGGUCCCCCCGGAGAGAGGGGUCUGAUCGGCUUUCCUGGGAGAGAUGGCACGUCUGGACCAGUGGGACCACAGGGCCCCCCGGGGCCAGCGGGGGCACAAGGGGCGUCAGGCCUGAAGGGUGACAAGGGGGACCCGGGGGUUGGGCUGCCGGGAGCCAGAGGCGAGCGAGGAGACCCAGGCCCGCGGGGUGAAGACGGGCGCCCAGGGCUGGAAGGCGACCGCGGGCCAGCGGGCUUGCCUGGGAACCGUGGGGAGCGUGGGGACAAGGGAGACGUCGGGGCCGCGGGACCCAAAGGAGACAAGGGCGACACCAUGGUGGUGGAGGGGCCUGCCGGAGCGCGGGGCAGCAAGGGGGAGCCGGGAGAGCGUGGCCUGAAGGGCUCUGAAGGGGACAAGGGGGACAAGGGGGAGCCAGGCAUCCCCGGAGAGAAGGGAGCACGGGGCGAGCAAGGCGACAAGGGCUCCACGGGCUUCCCCGGGGCACGUGGCCCCGGCGGGCAGAAGGGAGAAGUCGGCGCGUCGGGAGAGCCUGGCGAGCCGGGCCAGCCGGGACGGGACGGCAUCCCUGGAGCCCGGGGAGAGAAGGGCGACAUGGGACCCCUGGGCAUGCGCGGCCCCAAGGGCGAUCGGGGCGUGAAAGGCGCCUGUGGCCUCGAUGGGAACAAGGGCGAGAAGGGAGAGCCGGGGAUCCCAGGCCGCUCCGGGCUGCCGGGGAGGAAGGGUGAGCCGGGAGAGCUGGGCCUGCCAGGAGCACCAGGCAUCCCCGGGAAGGAGGGACUGAUGGGGCCCAAGGGCGACCGGGGAUUCGACGGGCAGCAGGGAGCCAAGGGGGACCAGGGGGAGAAAGGAGACCGGGGCGCUCCAGGCAUUAUCGGCGCCCCCGGCCCGCGGGGCAGCGAUGGGGUGCCCGGCCCCCCCGGCCCACCGGGCAGCGUUGGGCCACGUGGUCCCGAGGGCAUGCAGGGCCAGAAGGGGGAGAGGGGCCCUGCCGGAGAGUCGGUGACGGGGGCCCGUGGCGUGCCCGGCAUCCCCGGCGAGAGAGGAGAGCAGGGCAGCCCGGGCAGCCAGGGUCUCCGUGGGGAGAAGGGCGAGCCGGGCAUGACGGAGGAGGAGAUCCGGGCCUUUGUCAGGCAGGAGAUGAGCCAGCACUGCGCCUGCGGAGGCCAGUUCCCACGCCUGGAUUCACGUGAGCACUCAGGUUUCGGCAUCCGUUCCUUCUCCCUCCCUCCGCAGGUCUCCCGGGGGCUGGAGGUUGCCAGGGCCCUCCAGGAGCCCGUGCGCCCCUGGCCAGUGCCAGGAACACCAGGCUGGCAUCCGCACUGUAAGGGCAGGCUGGAGCCCUGCAUCGGGGCCAUGGCAGUCCCUGGAGGAGCGCACGAGGAGGAGGAGGAGGGUCUCCUCCCUAACUAUCCAUCCACCCAACCGUUCCCGCCUCUCAAUGCCCAUGUAGUCCCUGUGCUUAAGUUGUCGCACACUGAGGAAGAGGAGGGGCAGGACACGCAAGUCGUAGCCGAUGCCAGCGACCUUGAGUACGAGAGCGUGUACGCGGAGGAGGACUACGACGAGUCCCUGGAGGCGGGCGGCGUGGGGCAGCCCCUGAUGAGUGACGCCCACCCCUGCAGCCUGCCGCUGGAUGAGGGCGACUGCCGCCGGUACACGCUGCGCUGGUACUACAACCAAAGAGCCGCCGAGUGCCGGCCCUUCGUCUACGGCGGCUGCCGGGGCAGCCUCAACCGCUUCGAGAGCAGGGAGGACUGCGAGCGGCGGUGCGGGCGCCGGGCGCCGGGGCCCUCGGCCGGCGGCUGA